CCCAAAAACUUAUUUUUCUAUUUUUAACAACAAAAUUUUCAGUUAGCAAGGCCAGAAAUCUUGUCAAUCUCGGCCAGAAAAUGUCCAUCUCUGUAAAGCGGAGAACUGUGAUUUCGCCGCAGGAACUGCUAAAGUCGCUAGAGCUUUCCGGGGAUGAGGAACUCGAUCUGCAGAUCAAGAACUGGGUGAUGUGGGACCGCAAUGAGGCGACACUAAACCAGGUGACCGAUGCGAUCAGGGAUCAGGACUGGGAGGCUCUACGGGUGAGGCUGUGCAAGAGGAUUACCUAUUUACCAACUGGUAUGAGGGGAGGAAUGCGUGCUGGUUUCGACUCGCUGAACGAUGUGGUGAUCAUUGAGGUGGCCCAGGGCACCUGUGCUUAUCUCCUUGAUGUCUAUCCAAGCAUUCAGAAGCGGCAAACCCAGGGCGUGGUCGUUGGCUAUGAUGGAAGGUACAAUAGCAAGAGAUUUGCUCAGCUCAUCGCCACAGUCUUCUUGCAAAACGAUUACAAGGUCUACCUUUUCACCCGGAUGACACCGACACCAUUUAUACCCUUUACCAUUUUGGCACUUCAAUGUCUAGCUGGGAUUGUGGUCACCGCCUCGCAUAAUCCCAAAGAGGACAAUGGCAUAAAGGUAUACUGGUCGAAUGGGGCUCAGGUGAUGCCACCACAUGAUCAGCGGAUAAAUGAUUAUAUGCUUAAGAACCUGGAGCCAAAGCCUUCGUCCUGGGAAACUUCGGUUGUAAUGGAUCAUCCCUUAGUCGAAGAUCCCUUCCGCAAGGUGUACCCCCUGUUCUAUGAGACUUUGAAGAAGCUAUUGCCCCCGAUUUAUAUGGAAACCAAUGAGUGCAGUCAGUUAAGGUUCAUCUACACAGCUCUCCAUGGCGUUGGGUAUCCCUUCAUGAGAGAAGCCUUUUACCAGGCACGUCUCAAGCCUGUCAUUCCCGUCGUAGAGCAGAAAGAUCCAGAUCCUGAGUUUCCUACGCUGAACAAGCCAAAUCCGGAAGAGGGCAGGGAAGCCCUGAAGUUGGCCAUCAAAAAGGCUGAGGCAGAGCACUGCACUCUGGUGCUGGGCAACGAUCCGGAUGCCGAUCGCCUGGCAGUGGCUGAACUAGAUCCACGUGGCCGUUGGAAGAUGUUCAAUGGCAAUGAACUGGGCGCCUUGCUUGGAUGGUGGGCCCUGGAGAACUACAAGACAAGGACACCCAAGCCAAUCGUAUCCAAUUGCAUAAUGAUAGCCACACUGGUGAGCUCCCGAAUCCUGGCGGCGAUGGCACGUGUUGAGGGUUUCGUCUUCGUAGAAGGUAUGCCAAGUUUUCCCUGGAUGGCUAAUCGAGCCUUGGAACUGCAAAAAUCUGGUAGGACAGUGCUCUUCGCCUUCGAGGAGUGUUUUGGCUAUAUGUUCGGAAUGAGUUUAGCGGAUAAGGAUGGCAUUGGUGCAGCCAUGCAGUUGGCCAGCAUGGCCUGCUAUUUGCGUAGCACUCGGAAUGUAACGCUGAUCGAAAAGCUGAGAGAGAUCUAUGAUACAUAUGGCUAUCACUCCUCGGUGUCGUUUGUUUUCAUGGCAGAUGAACCGGCAACAGUGGUGACCAUCUUCGAGCAUUUGCGGAACUUCAACGAUGAAGGCGGCUAUCCCAAGUGCAUUUUGGAUGGCGAAUUCGAGGUUGUUCAUAUCCGGGACUUGACCACUGGAUUGGAUACUAGUUCUAGCGAUGAGAAGGCUCGCCUGCCUGUGAAUCCAGAGGCUCAGUUGAUUACCUUUACCUUUACUAAUGGCUAUAUGGUUACCCUGCGUGCAGCUCCCGAUGACAUCAAGAUCAAACUUAAUGCCGAGAUCUGCGGCUUGCCGGAGGAAAAGGAAUGGGAGGAGCUACAUGACAAGCUUAAUAGAAUGACCAAUGCGGUGGUAGAGGAGUUCCUUGAGCCAGAGGAACAUGGACUUGUAGAUACUUCAGUCAUUCAACCGGCUUAGGGUAAUGAUAGUCAAGAAAUUUUUUAAACAAAGGAAUAAAAUCUUAAAAAGACCUAGUUCCCCAUGUUAACUUAACCAUAUUUUCUGAAAACCUUUAUCUCUGCCUAUUAAAGUGCUGGGAAAAUGUA